AUGGCGACGGGGACGCUACCGUUUGCUGUUCGCAGAUACGAAGUGCCUCUUAUAUUAUUUCUUGUAAUGUACGUAGACCUACUUAAUUGCCAGCAGUUUAUCGUGCCAUUUAAGGCUCCGUCAGAUUGCGGUGUGGAAGAAUUUUUCGAUAUCUCGAGUCUCUCGUGUGUGAGGUGCGGUCCAAAUCAGCGACGGAGCACAACAGGACUGAGCUGCAUUUGCAAAACUGGGUACCAAACUCUCGCAACCAACAAAUCAACCAUUACUUGUCAGCAAUGUCCCCCUGACAAGCCUGCAGUAACUAAAGGUGGGUUCGGUUGUAUUCGUUGUCCAGGCAGUCUCAGUGAUGAGGGGAAGUGCCAGUGCCCGCCAGGCAAUGUUCUGGUGGAGAGAGAUGUCAGUGGAAAUCUUUUGGAUGAAGCCAGGUGUGAAAUGUGUGAUGGGAACGCCCCUGCUUUGUCUGUACCAAACAACAGUGGAGACAGGUGUGAGAGAUGUCAGGCCACCUUCAUUGAAACCUUGUGUGUGUGUAACCCUCCUAAUGUCCUGGCAGGAGGAUUAUGUUUCCCUCCAGGCAGCCUCUCCACCAACGUGAAUCCCAGUGUCAACUAUGCUCAGUUGAAAUUCAGUGUCCAGUCUGCCUGGUUCGUCAAAAACCUGUACUCCUCGUCAGCAGCCUGCCUCGUCUUCUCCAACCUGACGGCAUGUCAGGCUCUUGGCAACAUGUGUGUGAUGAACAUGCACUCCUUCAGCGGCGUGUCCACUGAUGCCUGUGGUCUCUUUAACACCAUCUUCAGAUCUAGAGCUGCUUUGAGCUCAACACAAGACAUUUCCUACUGGAGAGUUAAUCUGCCGUGGCUUUAUUAUGGGGAUGAACCAGGACUGGCCAGUCGAGUGCUUCAGACUGAUCCUGUUCCCAUCGGUUUCCAAAUCAGAGGAAGAAACCAGAACAUUGACAUCAAGCUGCUGGCUGCGGUCUAUAAUGUCAGAGGGGAGUUCCUCAGAUGGGAACAAGUAGGAGGAAGUAAUCUCCAGCUUUGUCCAGAAACAACCAUCAAACAGGCAGCAGCCUUCAGCUUUGGGACCGCUUACCAACAAAGUUGUGAUCUCUCUGUAGCAGAGCUGUUGGCUACCCAUCCCGAGCCGUUGUUCUAUGAUGUGUUUAUGGUUCUUGGAGGAGAGAACAGAAGACUUCUCCCUCUGCCUACACUAGUCUACAACCAGCAAUACAACGGACAGUUCAUCAACCAAGAGAGCAUGAAGAACUGGUACCUGUCUCGACGUAUGUUUCUUGUCGACACACUGAGUGGAAGGGAAAAGAGCAUGAGUGCCCUGCCUAAAGUCAUCCGUGUUGCCAGCAGUGUCAAAAUAAGGUUCCAGCUGGUUCCCCGAACCCGGGAAGGACAGGUAUUUCCCCCUCUAAUGACCGUGACCUACAGAGACGUUCCCAUCACAGAUGUCAAUACACAAACUGUGUCUACAAUGUUUGCUGUCGAGUAUGAAAUGGACCUGAAUGAGGCUCGCGUAAAGACAGAUACUGCUUUAGGUGUGAUGGGCGGUGUAGCUGUGCUCUACUCUCUGCUGAAGACAGUCAGCUGGAAGAGGAGGAUCGCCUCUCCGCUCAUAGAUGUGGAGACGAUGCUGAAGUUUUUAUUGUUUUAUGCUGGAGAUCUGGCCAAUGUUUUCUUCGCUGUUACUGUGGGAACUGGACUUUACUGGCUCAUCUUUUACAAGGCCCAACGGUUUGUGUCAGUGCUGUUACCACUACCUGCUCAGGAGGAGCAGUUUGUGACGUACAUCAGUUGUGCCUUCGCUCUAAAGGCUGUCCAGUUUCUCCACAAGCUGGUCCUUCAGGUGUCAGUUGAUGUGUUCUUUAUUGAUUGGGAGAGGCCACGAAGCAAAGCAAACAGGACUGUGCAAGCUACUGGCAAGCCAAAACGUGACCCUUCUCCCGUCAGCAUCUGGAGGACCUACUUUGUGGCCAAUGAAUGGAACGAGAUCCAGACAAAACGCAAGAUCAACCCCACUUUUCAGAUCAUGGCUGUGCUCUUCUUUCUUGAAGUGCUGGGUUUCUCGAACCUGGCAUUGAGGGACCCCUGGCCAACUUUGAACCGCUCCUCACAGGCGUACACUCCUUCAUACAGUCUGAUGCUGCGCUACGGUCUGGCUGCCACGCUGUGGCUCUGCAUCGGACUUCUGCAGGUCAUUUACUUCACUGUGUUUCAUGAACACUUUGUGGAGGACAAAAUCCGUCAGUUCGUAGAUCUCUGCUCCGUCAGUAAUAUUUCUGUGCUGCUGUUAUCUCACCGUUGUUUUGGCUACUACAUCCACGGCCGUUCAGUACACGGACAUGCAGAUACGAACAUGGAGGAAAUGAACCACAAUCUGAGGAGAGAGGGUGAGUCCCUGUGUAGUCCGAGAGGUCUACUUCCCAACACAGACAUCCAGACCUUUCAGGUGUCUCUUACCAACUGUCUGCGAGUGCAGUACGAAAGGAUACGGGAGUCGUUCAGCGGGAGGAGAGGGCAAUCACGGCUGAUGGACGCAUGCUCAUUUGAUCAGAAUAUCAAAGCCUACCACACAAUGAACCAAUUCCUGGGAUCCAUUAUAGACCACGCCCACCCUGACAUGGACUAUAUAGUGAGGGACAAGCUCAUGUUUGAGAGGGUCAUAGGGAUGGAGUUCCUUGAACCCAGUGAAAAAAGCAUAUUUUACAAUGAUGAGGCCCACUCCUUCAGUGAUGUGCUGUUUUAUGGAAAUGAAGCCACACUGCUGAUCUUUGACACUUUGUUCUUCUGUGUCGUCGACCUUGGAGCUCAGAGUUUUGUGCUUGCAGCUGUACUUACAUACAUGCAGCAAAUGAUAUUUCGCUUGAUCCGUAACACUCUCGGACGGAAGAACCUUAAAAACAAGACUCUGGUGGACGAAAGAUUUCUGAUAUGAAAUUCCCUGCUGAGUAAUCAGUAGUGUCAGUGUUGUUUAGUGGCAUUUCUCUCAAAGAUGUUUACGCUUGUGCAGCUCUUUUUUGUACUUUUCUUUACAUAUAGAGUAUUUUCGCUGCUGUUUCAUGAUGUAAAUAUCCUAACUUUUUGUAAAGAUUUUAAUGUUUUUUAUUGAUUAAAAUAUUUUGAUAUGU